AUGCCCUUUAAUAAUUCUAAAAUCUACCCUUCUCCUCCUCAACGAAACGAUACAAAUAGUUAUCCUCCGUAUAAUCCGCCACAAUAUGGUUUGAAACUUGUUCGGCCUAAAGAUAAAAAGUUUACAAGUCAAGUCUUGGAAGAUUAUUUAAAGUCAUUUGAAACAACUAUGAAAGAUAAAGAUUUAUACACUUUGUUGCAAAACUGUUUACCAAAUACUUUAGAUACAACUGUUGAAUGGUUUAAUGAGAAUCAUCAAGAUCCUCGUACUUUUCUUAUUACAGGAGACAUUCCAGCCAUGUGGAUUCGAGAUUCAACUAACCAAAUCACUCCUUAUUUACGAUUUAUAAAAGAUGAACAGCUAAGAGAUCUUAUUUUUGGAGUUCUUCAAGUUCAGGCAAGUUUUUUAAAUUAUGAUCCAUAUGCAAAUGCCUUUUUGAGACCAUGGUAUGCGCCUAAUAAAAAGCAGGAUAAAAAAGGUUCUACCUCAGAUCAUGUUAUACCUCCUUAUGACCCAAAAAUUGUCUGGGAAUCAAAGUAUGAAUUGGAUUCGAUAGGUCAUUUCUUUCAAUUAACGAAUGACUAUAUAGAAGCAACAGGUGAUAUUAAACGAGUACUUCAAUCUAAUGACUGGCUAAAUGCAGUGCCACGUAUAUUUCAAGUAUUAGAAGAUCAAAUGCAAGACACAUGGCCAGCACGUCAAUUACUGAAAUGGAAUAAGUCACCAUUUUAUAAAACUCAAUCUACUACUAGUUCACCAGAGCCUGUUUCUCUAAAUGAUGGUUAUAGAUUUAGAAGAAUGACGGACAGACCUACUGAAACAUUAGGGGAAUAUGGUAUUGGCGGCAUUACAAAAAAAUGUGGUCUAAUUAGAAGUGCUUUUAGGCCAAGUGAUGAUUCAACUACAUUUCCAUACUUAAUACCUUCUAAUGCUCAACUUUCAGUUCAACUGAUUAAACUUGGCCAACAUAUUGAAACUUAUUUACUAGAAAAUAAUAAUGAUGAUGAUGCAGAAUUGGUUAAAUUACAUAAUCAAAUUGGAGUUCAUUCCAGAGAAUUAGGAGAAAUGGUACGACAAGCUAUUUAUGAACAUGCUAUUGUUACACAUCCAGUAUUUGGUCAAGUAUUUGCUUAUGAAGUAGAUGGUUAUGGAUCACAAUUGAUGAUGGAUGACGCAAAUACACCUUCAUUAUUGAGUUUACCUAUUCUUGGUUUUAUUGAUAAAAAUGAUAUGAUUUAUCAAAAUACGCGAUCUUUUGUACUAUCAAAAUGGAAUCCAUGGUAUUUUGAUGGAAGCUUUACGAAGGGUAUUGGUGGUCCACAUACAGGACAAGAUAUGAUAUGGCCAAUGAGUUUAUUAAUGCAGAUACAAACAUCUACAUCAGAGAAAGAAGUAGUAGAAUUGAUUGACACUUUGAAAAGAAUAGCAUUUAUGACAGGUACAAACUUAAUGUGUGAAUCAUUUAAUGCAAGCAAACCAAGUUCAUUUACAAGGCCUUGGUUUAGCUGGGCAAAUGGAUUAGCUGGAAAUACAAUUUUACAAAUUAUACAUGAUUUUCCUCAUUUAGCUUAA